AUGGUUUUCCUCCAGAACGUCAUGUCAGGAGCACUGGCAAUCAACACAACUGAAUACACACAGCCUAUCAUGAAGUUAGUCACUUCUGCACUUCUCCUCGGCUCCUUAGCCACUCAGACAAUCUUCGGAUAUCCAGGGGCAAGUAUAAAUAAGCGAGACGUCGAUUCCUUCAUCGCCACGGAGACUCCCAUCGCUUUGAGGGAGUUGCUCUGCAACAUUGGUCCCAAUGGGUGCCAUGCCUCUGGCGUGAGCCCCGGCAUUGUUAUUGCGUCCCCCGACAGAGUUGACCCGCCUUACUUCUAUACCUGGACCAGAGAUGCCGGCCUCGUCUUCAAGGCCGUGGUAGACAUUUUCACCAACAGCUAUGAUGUAAACCUACAGGUCAAUAUUCAGAACUACAUUGCUUCUCAGGCCCGCCUCCAGGGGGUGUCAAACCCUUCUGGAGGUCUCGGUGAUGGUGCUGGCCUUGGAGAGCCAAAGUUCGAAGUGGACCUGCGAGCUUAUACAGGAGAUUGGGGCCGACCCCAGAGGGAUGGCCCGGCCCUUCGUGCAAUUGCCAUUAUCGCGUAUGCCAAGUGGCUAGUCUCCAACGGAUACUCGUCCACAGCAUCAUCGGUCCUUUGGCCUGUAAUUCGAAACGACCUAACCUACGUCGCCCAGUACUGGAACCAAACAGGCUUUGAUUUAUGGGAAGAAGUUAGAGGCAGCUCGUUCUUCACUGUAGCAAGUCAACAUCGGGCACUGGUUGAGGGCGGUGCGUUGGCUCGAUCUCUGGGCUUUUCAUGCAACGCUUGUGACGCUGUUGCACCACAGAUUUUGUGCUUCUUAGGAAGAUUCUGGUCUCCGUCCGGCAACUACAUGGUCGCCAACAUCAACGGCAACGGCAGGUCGGGCAGAGACGCUAAUGUUAUUCUCGCUUCAAUCCACAACUUUGACCCAGCAGCAUUGUGCGAUGCUGCCACCUUCCAGCCAUGUAGCGACAAAGCGCUGGCAAGCCACAAAGUCGUCGUGGACUCUUUCCGCUCAAUCUACGCUAUUAAUAACGGAAUUGCCCAAUCUGCUGCCAUUGCCGUGGGACGAUACCCCGAGGACAGUUACUACGGGGGUAACCCUUGGUACUUGAACACUCUAGCAGCUGCCGAACAGCUCUAUGAUGCUCUCUAUGUUUGGAAAAAGCAAGGUUCCAUUACAGUCACGCAGAUAUCUCUGUCUUUCUUCAGAGACCGCUUGGGUUCGGUCGCGCCAGGAACCUACGCGUCAGGAACCGCAACUUACACAUCCCUCAUCAACGCGGUGAGCGCUUAUGCAGAUGGUUUCAUCAACGUUGUUGCGACAUAUGCCCAGAAUAACGGCUCUCUUGCCGAACAGUUCUCCCGCAGCAACGGACAGCCACUCUCGGCCGACGAUCUUACCUGGUCGUAUGCUGCCUUCUUGACAGCUGCCCAAAGACGAGCUGGGGUUAUCCCCCCUGGCUGGGUUGCUUCCUCGGCAACCUCUGUCCCAGGUACUUGCCAGGCUACCUCCAUUGUUGGACCUUACUCUAGCGCUACCGCAACAUCAUUCCCUCCGAACCAGACUCCGCAAACUGGUGUGCCAACGGGGACCACAACCGGAACUACACCUACUGCUACAUCCUGUCCUAUCGCAAACACUGUGCUUGUCACGUUCAAUGAGAGAGUCACUACGCAGUUUGGCCAGACGAUCAAGAUUGUUGGCAACAUUCCCUCGCUUGGAAACUGGAAUACAGCCAACGCCAUUCCUCUGAGUGCUUCGCAGUACACCUCGGCCAAUCCAGUAUGGUCAGUCACGAUUGAGUUGCAGGCCGGACAAAGGAUCGAAUAUAAGUAUAUCAACGUGGCCAGUAACGGUGCAGUUACGUGGGAGAGGGACCCUAACCACACGUACACUGUCCCAUCUUCGUGUGCAACGGCUGUAACCAAGUCUGAUUCUUGGCAGGGUUAG